GGAGUAUGUGAUAAGAGUCAUCUGGUGAUGUGAUAUGAAAUAAACUGCUUAUGGAAUAUUCCAUCUUCCUAUAUUUCCGCUACAUGGCACAUGUCCCCUACGCAGGACUGCAGGCAUACCGACCCCGCCGAAUCCAUGACUAAACCGCCGUCCAGGCCUGGCCAGUCCAGCGGGUGUCAUUGCAAAAGGCGAGCUCCUAGCGGCAGUCAGGAACCACAGGACAGACAACCCGCCGUUGGCUUGGAUGCUCCAUCGCAAAUCUGCUCAGGCUUCCCCACCCAGCCUUAUCCCCAAAGGGCAGGUUCUCGGCUCGUCCCCGUCGCCCGUCAGUCGUUGACUUGUCGUCCGACUUUUUGGGUCCAACUCAAACUAAGCAGAGCUAUGGUUAAGGAUUCCGCUGCCACGGGCUUGGCGGGGAAUGUGACCUUUUUUUUUUCUGGUUUUUUGCUUUCCCUCUGGUUGAAGGCGGGAAUAACGUUAUGAUGGCGAGGUCUGGCAGAUGACAUUAUUAAUACCAUCAGUAAUCAAGAGCGGUCGGGCUGGGGUGACGAUGCCAGGGCCAGAGUCUCGAAUAGAACGAAAAGCCGAGAUCUGCGAGAGUUCUGGCAUCUGUGGGAGAGAGCGAGGCUUAGACGGUCUCCUCAAACCUUACCUACUCCGGCCAGGGAGGAAAAAUAAGAUGAGACGGAGCUUGGCGGCCAGCCCACUCCG